AUGCCAAGUUGGAAAAUCAAUUGUUUGAAAAGUGAAGAUCACGGAAAUCUCUCCACUUUACCAACCAACACCAUCAAUGAAUCGAAUCAACUUGAUUCAAUUCUAUCAUCUAUCGAACAUGACAAUGCAGACACGGCAGAAACGAUAACAGCAAUCGAUAUUCAUAGUUUACCUUCGAGCCCAACAACUCUCAGUCGUCGCGAUCAAAAGCAGCGAUAUCGUCCUUAUUCACCAAUUCCAAUACGAGCUCGAACAACAGUCGAAUUAAUCAAACGAGAAAACUGUCCACUUGGCCUAACGAUAUCCGGUGGAAGUGACAAAGAUGGCAAACCACGCGUUGCUCAAUUGAAGCCAGGCUCCGUCGCACAGAAAGCAGACAUUUUAGAAAUUGGUGAUGUUGUCCUCAGUGUCAAUAAUAUCAAAACAGCUGGCCUCAAACACGAACAAGUUAUCGAUUUAAUUAAGCAAACGGGCGAUCAACUGACAUUAGAUAUCGAAUAUGAUCUACCUAAAUGGCCUAUACAUGCAAUUAAUACAGUACAUACAAAAACGAUUCAAAUACAAUUGGAAAAAGAAGGACAAAGUUAUGGUUUUAUUUUACGUGGUGGAGCUUCGGAUGACAAGGUUAAAACAAGACCACUUAUUAUUACAAAGAUACGUCCGCAAGGACCAGCUGAUAAAGAAGGUACAAUUAAGAUUGGCGAUCGAAUCCUAGCAAUCAAUGGAAUUAGUGUCGGAGGAGCAACCUUACAAGAUGCAUACAAUUUGAUGAGACAAUGUCGAGGAACGACGUUAUUUUUGAUUGAAUACGAUGUUGCUGUUGUUGAAAGUGUUAAGCAUGCGACAGGAUCGUUAUUAAUUGAAAUUGAAAAGUCUCCUGGUUCAACGAUUGGAAUCAGUCUAACACAAAAAUGGACACGAAGUAAUCGUUCGCUGAUCGUUAUUGAUCAAAUAAAACCAGCCAGUAUUGCUGAUCGUUGUGGAGCUUUGCAUUGUGGUGAUCAAAUCAAUGCUAUCGAUCAGAAAUCGUUCGAUGGAAUGUCUUUGUCCGAAGCAAAUUCGAUCCUUCGUUCUUGUACAGGUGAUUUCUGUCGAAUUGAAGUCACACCGUCGAAUAUUAUCCUUGAACAAGUCAAUGAUAUACAAAUCAAUUCGCCUGUUGGUCGAUCGUUUCUGAAUGAAAAUUCUCGUCAAGCUUUCUAUCGAACACCCUCAGGCAAUCCCCUAUCAUCAUCGACAUCCAACUCGAAUUGGUCAAUGAGAAAUAGUUAUCAGAAUCUUCCGAGAAAAUCAAUGACGAAGACACGUCAUAAUUCCAUGAGUCUCAGAUCAUUGGAUAGAUUGUCUACUUCUACUUCUACAAACAACAAAACUUCUCCAUCAGUAAUGAAAAUGUAUAAUCUUCGUUCAUUGAAUUCAUGUUAUCAGACAGUAUUAAGCAAUCAAAUGUGCCAUACAGAAGUAAUGGAAUGUGUCCUUAAACUUGAUUCAUCGUCGCAAAAUGGAAAUAGUUCGGAUGGUGAAACCGUAGGCAAUUUUGGUUUUACACUUCAAGGUGCUUCAUUUGCAUCGGAUGUCUUAAUGCAACCACCGAUUAUCGGCUACUUAGAGCCUGGUGGUGUCGCUGAAAGAUCGAGUAUACUCCAACCAGGAGAUCGUGUUGUAGCUAUCAAUGGUCAGCAGUUAGAAGGCAUGACGUUGGAAGAUGCUCGAUCGAUUAUUAAAGAAUCAAAUAAUCAGAUAUUUCUGGAAAUUGAAUUCGAUGUUGUUGAUUCGGUCAUGCUCUCGUCGGGUACAUGUCAAGUAAAAAUUUUACGAAAAAAUCUCGAUCUUGGUCUUUCGGUGACUUAUUCUCGUUCAACACGAACGGAUGAAGUUCCAUUGAUCAGUGAUGUUAAACGGGGUAGUAUUGCUUAUCGUUGUGGAAUGAUUCAACCAGGAGAUCGUUUGUUAUCCAUCGAUUCGCAUUCAUUGCGUGGAAAAAGUCUAAAUGAAAUAGUUACAUUACUGAAAAAUUGCGAUGAUAUCGUGCGAUUGAAAAUAAAGAAAGAUGACAUUUAUGCGGAAGAUAAUCUUUCCGAAAAUGUCGUCGUUUACAAAGUGCAAUUACAUCGACAAGGUGGACCACUUGGUUUAACAAUUUCCGGUAGUGAAGAUGUUUUUGAGCCAAUCGUCGUCUCAGAUUUAUGUGAGGGCGGCUUAGCAGAUAAAACAAACGCUAUUCAUAUUGGUGAUCGAAUUCUAGCGAUCAACGAUGUUACUCUACGUGGUAAAGGUCUCAACGAAGCGAUCAAAUUGCUACAAGCAAGCAGUGAUGAGAUAACUUUGAAAAUUUCUCGAAUAAUCAAUCCUCAACAAAAAUUGUCUCGUUCAUUUCAUCAUCCAGACGAUUAUACUCCAUCUGUUGAUUCUGCCAUGGAAUCAUGGGACAGUUCGAACACAGAUCAUCGUUUUAGCGAUAAUAGUGAAGCAACAAAAGAAAUUAUUGUUAAUGAUCAUCAACAAUACUCCAACUAUCAAGAUCCGUCAUCAAUAGUUCACGUAUCCCGAAGUGAUUUUGUUCUCAAACCUCAUCAAACACAUUCAGUACCGAUAACUAUACAUUCAAAUCGUUCAAUCAGUAUGGUUACACCAACAGCAGGUUUUCGAACACCACCAACGAACGGUCGUCCACUUGAAGCUAUUCGUCACUCCGACAGUGGCGAUAGUAUACACGGUGCUGAUGUUCAGUUUUCAUCUGUACUUAAUGAUAAACCAUCAAGAACGAAUGGGAACUUUUAUGAUACAAAAUAUGAUAAUUGUUCAUCGUCAGCCAGUCGACCCAAAUACGACACGGUUACCUUAGUACUUACUCGUGAUAAACGCGUACUAGAUUUUGGAUUUUCGAUUUCGGAUCGACUCUAUGGUACAGGUGUGUAUGUGAAUAAGAUACGCCCAAAUGGUCCAGCAGAAUUAGAAGGAACAUUGAUGCCAUGUAUGAGAAUUUAUAAAGUAAAUAAUAUAGAUGUAACACGUAUGGAAUGCAAUCAAGUUGUACCUCUACUAUCGACAUCACCCGAUCAAUUGGUCUUAAUUGUUGGAAGACGGCCAGCUCCAAUGUUUGACGAAACAGACGAAUUCUUCGAUAUUGAUCAAGAUGGAGAUGAACACCAAACACCUGUCGUUAAUGAUAAUUCAUUAUGGAAUAUGUCAAUGAAUUCAACCAUUCAUGAAAAUAGCAACAACAACAAUAAUGCCACAGCUACCAAUUCUCUCAGUACAACCAAUGCUAAUGCAUAUUCUCUAAUAUCUUCUACAAAGAAAAGUGCUGUAUGA